UGAAAUUUUCAGAGCAGAAAACAGAGGAAAAGAAUAACCAAACUAAAAAACAGAGGAAAACAAUAUUUUUAUUUUCUUUUAAUUUAAAAUAAGAAGAAGAAAUACAAGAAAUUAUUUGAAGAUGAGUGAAAUUGUAUUAUUCAUAGAAGAUUUAGAUAAUUUCCCGAAUUAUUGUAGAAUUUGUCAUGAAGCAGAGUUUGAAAGUUGCAGGAAAUUAGAAGCUCCUUGUUCUUGUUCUGGAACAGUCAAGUUUGCUCAUAGAGAAUGCAUUCAAAGAUGGUGUGAUGAAAAAGGAGAUAUAAUUUGUGAAAUUUGCUUACAGAAAUAUGAACCAGGAUACACAGCAAUUCCCAAACAACCCAAGAAAAUUGUGGUCUUAGAUGAAGUUGUAAGCAUCAGGGGAAGUUUGGAAGUUCCAAGAAGAGAACAAGAAUCUCAAAAUGAAGAGUUAUUAGCCAUAGCUGAAUGUUCAUCAGAAGCAGAAAGAAGUGCUUCUUGUUGCAGAACAGUUGCCAUUAUUUUUACAAUUCUUUUAUUGUUGAGACACACGUUAGAUGUGCUACUUGGAGGAGCAGAACAACACCCCUUCUCACUUUUAACUGUACUAAUUCUACGUAGUUGUGGAGUAAUAGUUCCAAUGUACAUAAUAAUUAGGACAAUAUCAGCUGUCCAAAACAGCAUCAGACGGCAUCGCGUCCUUCAUGAAAAUCUUAUGCAAAAUACCAAUGAGAACAGAGAUACAUAUGACGAGGAGGAGCAAAUUCAUCAAGUAUAGAAUGAUAAGAACUUGUACAUUUUCAUAAUUAUUUUUUAGCUUGUAAAACACCAAUGUACAUCGACACUCGAAAAAGAAAGAAGAAAAAGAGAAAUCCUCAAGAAGGAAAAUAGAAUAGAAGUUAGUUUGUACAUUUUAUAUGUAUAAUUGAUUAACAAUUCAUUGUA